AUGGAGACGUUUUCACCACUCCCGCCACCCAAAAAGUUCACUAUCGGCGGAAAUUAUGCUCGUUGGGAAGUGCGGACGCGUGCUUACGUGCAAACGUUUCCCGAAUCAAAGAGGAAAGUGGCAAUUUUAGGCCUGUUGGCCGGUGAAGCGGCCGAUAGAGCCUUUCAGUUGACGGCAUUCGAGCAGGAGGAUCUCGAUGGAUACCAGUUACAACUCCACUCGGCACGCCAGAACAUCGGGGAGACCACAGAGGCAUACGCGUAUCGCGUCAAGCAACUGAUGUCUGAAGCUUCUCACGACGACAACAGCGAAGCACAGGAUAAGCGUGCUGUGGAACGUUUUGUAGAAGUCAUUGGUGCGUCAGUGAAGAAAACGCUGAUUACAAAAUCGUCUAAAAGCCUCAGCGAAGCUGUUGCUCUGGCAGGAGAAACGAAGAGGCUACAGCGAGCUGUUCAUGGAGCAGAGAGCUUCGGUGUGGCACUGUAUCACCAACGACGUCAGCAGCGAAAAUAA